UUCCAGCAGUUUUACCACAAAUGUGAACGAGCAGUGUUGACAGUCAGGAAACAAGGACAUACAUGUUUAAAUCGUCUGGGUAAACAUUUUUAAACCUGUAGCGAUAAUGUUAAAGAUGAUGUCGGAAUCAGAACGGUUCAUCAUACAGAUGUUACCAGCUGGGGAGAAGGUAAUCGUUAAUCUGGUGUAAUAGUCAGACGGGAGGGAUAUUUUUAUGACGCUAUUUCCACGUAUGCUAGCCAAAACAUGAGCAAUAUGAAGGAUACACCGACCGUCCGUCAACAGAGCUCGGAGAAUAACUCCGUCAGCAGUAGUGAAUGGGAUAUGGCAAAUGAUGUGUUCGUGACCGGCUACGACGACAAUCCGAUGGGAGAUGGUGUUGCUGUGGAAAGGGAUCCAGAGCAGCCCGGUCUGGACCGACACCUGCCGCUGCUGUCCCCGGAUGGCUUGAUGCUGGGCCUGGCCGGGGAGCAGUACCCAGGCUCGUCGUAUCUGGACCCAAACUACACGGAAAGUGAUGGGAAUGUGACAACCAAAAAGCGCAUACGGUCCAACAGCUCCAGGCACCGCGGCGAGGUGGUGACGGAGCUGGGACCGGAGGAGGUCCGCUGGUUCUACAAAGAGGACAAGCGGACGUGGAAGCCAUUCGUCGGACACGACUCUUUAAAAAUUGAGGUUGUCCAUCGGAAUAGUGAGCAGAACCCAGACAAGGUCAAACGCCCCGUGGAACCCCCCGAGGCCGAGGGGAAGGAGGCAGCCCAGUCGGAGAGCGGGGCUGGGGACGGUGUCCGGACGGAGCCGGCGGCACAGGGCGGCGGAGGGCAGCGGCUCUCCGGGUCAGACGAAAUGAGGGACCCGGACGACAUCAUCAUCAUCAGCGCGGAGGCAGUGUGUGUCAGAGGGGGGCUCUAUGAAGUGGACAUCAAGGAGAAGGAAUGCUACCCCGUUUACUGGAACCAGCAAGACCGUAUUCCUGUGAUGAGGGGGCAGUGGUUCAUCGACGGGACGUGGCUUCCGCUGGAGGAGGACGAGAGUGACCUCAUCGAGAUCGAGCACCUGGCCCGUUUCCGAGGGCAACAAAUGAGGGACACCUACGAGAUGGAGGUGGUGGACACCACAGUGGACAUCAAGGAUGCCAUCCACAGCCGGAAGCUGAGCAGGAGUCACGUGGACUGGCACAGCGUGGACGAGGUGUAUCUGUACAGCGAUGCCACCACUUCCAAGAUCGCUCGCACCGUCACACAGAAACUGGGCUUCUCUAAAGCCUCCAGCAGCGGGACUCGUCUCCAUCGCGGAUAUGUGGAGGAGGCGGCGCCUGAGGACACCCCACCUGAAACCACCCACAUCGUCUUUGUGGUGCAUGGCAUCGGCCAAAAGAUGGACCAGGGCCGCAUCAUCAGAAACACCAGCAUGAUGAGAGACGCUGCCAGGAAGAUGGAGGAGAAGCACUUCUCUGAUCGCACCACAGAGCAUGUAGAGUUCCUUCCUGUGGAGUGGAGGUCAAAGCUGGCUCUAGAUGGAGACAGGGUGGACUCCAUCACCCCAGACAAGGUGCGAGGCCUCAGAGACAUGCUGAACAGCAGCGCCAUGGACAUCAUGUACUACACCAGCCCGCUGUACAGAGACGAGAUCACCAGGGGUUUGACUCUGGAGCUGAAUCGUCUGUACUCGCUGUUCUGCAUGCGGAAUCCGGACUUUGAGAAAAACGGGAAGGUGUCGAUAGUGUCGCACUCACUGGGCUGCGUAAUCACCUUUGACAUCAUGACAGGCUGGGACCCCGUGCGCUUCCACCAUCAAGAACUGCCAGACCCCGAAGAGGCGAAGGCCCGCUGGCCUAAUGAUGAGGAGCGCCACCUUCAGGAGCAGCUGAGACUCACACGCCUCAGGUUGAGAGACUUAGAGGAUCAGUUCCAGGGUCUGCGGACCUCGUCUUGUGCUGUGCCAGCCUUGAAAUUCAAGGUUGAAAACUUCUUCUGCAUGGGCUCUCCUCUGGCUGUGUUCUUGGCAUUGCGGGGGAUCCGGCCUGGAAACAGCUGUGUGCAGGACCACAUUCUCCCCUCAUCCAUCUGCAAACGCCUCUUCAACAUAUUCCAUCCCACAGACCCUGUGGCGUAUAGACUGGAGCCUCUCAUCUUAAAGCACUACAGUAACAUUGCACCUGUUCAAAUCCACUGGUACAACACCACCAGCCCGACCCGGUACGAUCAGGUCCGGCCCACGCUGCUCAACCCCCCUAAGGAGACGACAUCAGUGUCGGACUCAGAGAGCAUCCCCAGCCCCUGCACCUCGCCGCCACAGGCCCGGCGGCACUACGGAGAGUCCAUCACCAGCCUGGGCAAGGCCAGCAUCAUGGGUGCUGCCAGUAUUGGAAAGGGAAUCGGAGGAAUCCUGUUUUCCCGAUUUUCCCGUUCUAGUGGCCAGGUGGGCGGAGUGGAGGAGGAGCCGUUAUAUUCUGAGGGCGGAGCCUCUGAAGUUGAAACCGUGGCAGCAGGAGAGGAAGGAGUAACAGUCGCAGAAAUCGAGGAGAAGGACAAAGACAUAGAGGAGGAGAGGACGGAAGUGGAGCCCAUCAUGUCCCAGUCCAUCUCAGUGGUCAUGGACAGCACCUCGUUGGAACUGGAGAGACGCAUCGACUUCGAGCUGCGGGAGGGCUUGGUGGAGAGCCGCUAUUGGUCGGCGGUGACUUCACACACAGCCUAUUGGUGCUCUUAUGACGUGGCGCUGUUCCUCCUCACCUUCAUGUACAGACCACAGGAGCCUGUGGAACCUGCAGAGGACAGCCCAGAGACCUCGUAGCAUGCCAACUGACACAUGGAGCCAUGACGGGUGGGGUCACUUCACUUGCUAUUCACCCCCUUUUUGAAUAUAAACUGAAAGCCCAGUUUAUUGAACAUAAAAUAAAAAAAAUGAGGUCUCUACAUCUUCAUUUUUCAAAAUUCUAAAUCAGAAUUCUCAGCUUGAUUUUUGUGAAAUGUACAAAUUUAUAAAUAACACAUUAUUUAAUAUAUUGUAUGAUUUUGAAAUGUGAAAUACUCGAGGAGUUAUUAUGUUUACAUGUAAUUUCAUCAAACAAUAAUCAAUUAUCAAUUAGUUGAUUUGACUGGAAAGGGGUUUGAAAAACAAGAUUAAAUCUAAAGCCCUGCUAGCGAUUCCACACUACAGUUUAGCCAUUUUUUUUACAGCUCUAGUUUUAUUUUAAUGGUGGUUGUAAUAAGUUUUAAACUUUCCAAAAUCGUUUUAUUUUUUUAUUCGCCAACAUCAUGCCAACACAUUUCAGUUUACUUUUUUUUUUUUUUUAAGCAGCAUUUCUUGACUUCCAUAAGAGCUAGCAAUGCCAUCUAAAAUGACUGAACCUCAAUGUGACCUUUGCUACGGACUGAGCACACUCUCCUGUUUCCUGCUCUUCUCUCAACAACUGUUUCCUGAGCAGAGCACCCUGCAGUGAUCAAUUGUAAUUACUCUUCCAAUCACAAAGCUCUGUCGCUCCUUCACUGUGAAUGUGAUGCUGAACCUGUAGCCAUAGAAAGCCCCAGUGCUUGAUCCAGGUCUCACCCUGUGCUGCUGUGAAACGUGUUUUAUAUAAUCUCAUGCUUCAGAUGAGAAAAUAGAAACACACACAAUGCACUACAUGGACAAGGCUUCCUACAACCUGAAUACUUUGCAGACAAUCAAAAAAGGUCAGCAUAUAAUGAUUUUUGACCACUAGAGAGCAGAAAGACUUCUAAACAGACUCCUCAGCAGAGCCAGUAUGAGCAGCAUGUUAGCGUAGCAGCAGUAGCUUCAGAUGUGUCUAACAGGAUGCAUUCAGGCACAGCAUUGAUUGUAGCUCCCCUGCUUUUUUGACACUGCUCAACACACCAUCACUGUAGCUACAUACAUCAAAUAGAAAAUACUUAAGCUCUGUUUUGUAAUAUGCAAUGCUAAGCUAAAAAGUUGCUACCUUCAGUAUGUAUCAAUUUACAUGCACUCUGUAACCAGGUUACAAUUUAGACUUAUUACAUGCUAGAUUUCUCCUGCAGAAUGCCAAUUUCUCUGCCAUGCUAAGGCAAAACUAGGUAUAUAAUCAGCUUUUUACGUAUACAGUUCACAUGAGUUCAGAUAAGAAGGUGUCAAUGUGAUAGCAGAGCAGCUGGACGAAAGGAGAAAUCAUAAGUUGAGAUGCAUCCUUGUAUUUAAAUUCAAUCUAAAGUCCGAUGGUAAAGGAAAUUAACCAAGGGUUUUAUUUAUUGUUAUUGAGUUUCAAACACCCUUGGUGACUUGCUGAAACGUUGUCUUUAAUUACAUUUUUUAUGUCAACAACUUUCAAAUAACUGUAUAAGGUUAGUAGAAAGCAAUAAUAUAAAUCAGAACCUAAUAUGUUCAUUAGGUUUCAACUAACCCAAUACAGUUAUGUGAAAUCUGUUGGCUUAAUAUAUUCAAUUAAAGUCAGUUUCUUCGGUGUUGGCAUACCAAGAUAUGCCGUACAAUCAGAACAAUUAUAUUAUCACACCUCACAUUAUUUGUGGGUAUCAGUUUGGAUAGAAUGUUUUCCGAACACCCAAAUUGUUCCUUUCUGUAACCAAGUUUCUUGAGUGCAUGUAAACAUACUAAACGGCACUGUAGGUUGUGGCUUUAUGAGCAGAGGAAGACUACAUGGAAGAAAAUUGACAUUAUGUUAUUGUAGCAAUGAGUUGCUGCAUGAAGAGUCGCUUCAGGAAGGGAUCGCUUCAUGGCAUGUAUGCACAGGAGGAACUACUACAGAGAAAACAUCUAAACCUAUCUUUGUCAACUUUAAUCCACUCUUGUAUCGUCAUGUUUACAUAGAACUGUUGUUUCUGUCAGGAAUUAAGGACACACACUGAUAUUUUGCGGAUAAAAAGGCCAAAUAUUCUUGAGUUGCCAACAGAAUCUCAGAUUAUGGCAUAACUGUCAUCUCAGUCCAGUGUUUAACACAUACCAAGAGACUGAAAUACUGCACAUGAUUUGACUUUUUGCUGUAUUUUAUUUAGAGGUAUCGUACCAAAGGAUCACUCAUUUGUCACACAGGUAGUUGAAUAUUGCUUGUUAAUAAUAAGAUGUGAUUACUGUGACCCAGGAUGGAUAUCGAUGAAGAAAAAGUUACAUCUGAGAAUAUUUUUUCACCUUCAUGUAUUUAUCUUUAUCUUUUUGAAUGUUUUUUAAGGAAGUUAAUACACACUUACAAACUAAGCAUGUUAUGGAUAUGUGCCAUGUACAUAGAUUCUCUCGCUUAACUUCCUUUCAUAAGUCAUGACCAGCAUGCAAACCAACAUUAAGAUCCUGCUGAUUCUACAGAGAAGUUUUAUUUCAUUUUUUAAAUUAGAAAAAUGGAAAACACUCAUAUGAAGCCUACCACUGUAUAUGUGUACCAUUUUGUGUAUUGCUUUGUUUUAAUUUCAUGUUUACAGUGCUGUUUUUCUUUUGGAUUUUCUCAUAUUUUAUGUUUGUAUGUGUAUUGUUUACAUUUCCAACUAUGCCCUCUGGCCUCCAACUGCCCCUACAGUUAAGUAAACGUGUCCAAAGUCUGUUCUAAUGGUCACCCAUACGAACAAAAAGGAUCUCAGAAGCUUAAUUGGGCAUUUAACUCCAACUGUCAUUCCUUUGAAUUAUGUUCAUAUGCAACGGUUAUGCAUUAGCAUUUCAGUUCUUGGGGGAAUGUAUUGCUAACUGGGCAGUUGAAGACCCAGGCAACACUUGAAAAAAGGUUUAUUAAACGUAAAUGACGGCGUCACGGGAGGUUAUUUCCAUCCAAUGCAUCUCAACCAAUCCACUACAGAGUAAGUGGCUAUUUAUCCCUUUAAAAUCUUUACUACAUUUACAUCAAAAUCACCUAGCCUCUUUUGCCAAAAAACGCAGAUUUAACUUGUGUAUGUGCAUCAAUAUGAAAAUCAGGUAAGACGUUGUAAACCUCAACAAUUUUUUGUCAAAACUGCUUAGAAAUAAUGGCAUUACUUUUAGCAUUAGCACUAAAACGUGUCAUAUGUACCAAAUAAAAGCAUAAAGACUCUCCCUAAAUCCAAAUGAAUUAUGCGUAAUGUUGCUUAUGACUGUCAAUCAUAGGGACUUGGUUGAAUUAUGGCUUGAGUUAUUAUGUCUUGCAGUCUGGAGUCUCUGCUGGUGUUUGGUUGGUGGCUGAUGGUGUUUUUCCCAUCUGCUCUAAUGUCACUCUAAAGCCAAACAGCUUACCAACAAGACUCUUACCUUUAUUUGUCCAUGUUUAAAUGUCUAUUGUACAUUUCAUAGGAUUUAGUGGAUAUCCAUUUGGAGCAUCUCAAUCCACCAUUACCUUUGCCAUAUGUUAGCACCGAAACACAUGCUAGACCUUCCUUGUUAUGAAGUGACAGCGGUGUGUCCUCCUGAGCACAGAGGUGGGGUUGUGAUGCGUUCAAGCGUACUGUGGCUGGAGGUCAUUCCGCUUCUUUAAGUUGAAAAUAAAAUAACUUCCUCUAGAUAAAUGUUUGAGCAGAAAAAGUUUCCAAAUCACAUUCAGUGAUGUAGAAGAUAUACAAUGUUUUUGGCGGCCAAGUUUAUUCCCCAUUCAGUGACUGUGAUUGGACAAGGGACUGUUUACAUUUCAUGUUAUUUAUUUUUUAAGUGCCAUUUUAAGGUGGGACUAUCCAAUUGUUACAUAGCAUAUGAACUGUGCAAUAUUGGAACAUCUUCACAGGACGGUCAAAUUCCUUUAUUGACUGAAAUAAAGUGAAAUGUCCUACUUUGCAUAUAGGGUAACUGUCAUUCUGUUGUCAUGGUCACCCUGUCUCGCUCGCUGUACUGUUCCUUCUCAGAUGAUAUGGUGCUUUAC